AAGUUGUAUAACAUUAAUUACAAACAUUCUUUAAGCUAAGCUAAGGUUUAAUUUGAGUUCAGCUAUGGCUUCCAAUAGCAGCUUGAAGCUCCUCAUUGCUCUUGCACUGGUGUUUGCAACGUCGGCUUAUUUAGCCACGUCUCGAACAUUACUUGAUUCAUUGAUGGCGGUGAGGCAUGAGCAGUGGAUGGCUCAGUAUGGACGCGUUUACAAAAACGAAGUCGAGAAAACAAAAAGAUAUAACAUUUUCAAAGAGAAUGUAGAAUACAUUGAGUCUUUUAACAAAGCUGGAACCAAGCCUUAUAAGCUAGGCAUCAAUGCAUUUGCCGAUUUGACGAACAAGGAAUUCAUAGCAUCUCGGAAUGGAUACAAAUUGCCUCACGAGUGCUCCUCCAAUACCCCAUUUAGGUAUGAAAAUGUGAGUGCAGUUCCAACUACGGUGGAUUGGAGGAAGAAGGGAGCCGUUACUCCUGUUAAAGAUCAAGGCCAAUGUGGAUGUUGCUGGGCAUUUUCUGCUGUUGCCGCCAUGGAAGGAAUCACCAAGCUCUCAACCGGCAAUCUGAUUUCCCUCUCAGAGCAAGAGCUAGUAGAUUGCGACGUAAAAGGCAUAGACCAAGGCUGCGAAGGAGGCCUAAUGGACGAUGCAUUCACCUUCAUAAUAAACAACAAAGGCCUCACAACCGAAUCCAACUACCCAUACCAAGGAACCGACGGCUCCUGCAAGAAAAGCAAGUCAUCCAACAGCGCAGCUAAGAUCAGUGGCUACGAAGAUGUCCCCGCUAACAGCGAGUCGGCCUUGGAGAAGGCCGUGGCGAACCAGCCUGUAUCGGUGGCCAUAGACGCCGGGGGAUCGGAUUUCCAGUUCUACUCGAGCGGGGUGUUCACGGGAGAGUGCGGGACGGAGCUGGAUCACGGCGUGACGGCUGUUGGGUAUGGGAUUGCGGAGGAUGGGACUAAGUAUUGGCUAGUAAAGAACUCAUGGGGAACAAGUUGGGGUGAGAAGGGUUAUAUUAGAAUGCAGAAAGACAUUGAGGCUAAAGAAGGGCUUUGCGGUAUUGCCAUGCAAUCAUCAUAUCCCUCUGCUUAAUUGAUUAAUAUAUAUUUGAAUUGAUGAGGCUUUGUAUAAAUCAUCCUUAAAACGCCUCUGUAAUUAAUUGGUGUGUAUUAUCUUUUUUUUUCUUGUUUGUGUAUAUUAUAUGCCAACUGUACUGGAAUCUUUCCUGUGAUUAUACAUGCUUCGACGUAUAUAACAAUAUAUAGUUGCCUUUACUCCAAAAAA